UCACCAGCCACUUUUACGCAAAUAAUAAUAUUUAAAUUUGUGAUUAUUAGUUAAAUUAAUUAGUAAUAUAAUUUAUGGAACUCUUCAGCAGGUGUUAAAAAGUGAACAAAUCGUGAGACAUUGUUAAACAUAACGUUUAAAUGGCUAAUUUGUGAGCGCGUCCUAAACAGCUGGUUACGCAAAUCCAUCGACUGGGUUCAAUAGAGUUCAACAAAUUUUUUGGGACUAUUACGUGUGUCGCCGGCGGCUAAAAGUUCAAGUGGUGUGCGUGAGUUUCUAAAGCAAAAAAAGAAAAUUACAAAGGCUGCCAAAGAAACGCACAAAAAACUCUCAGUGUGUGCCUGACGAUCAAACGCAGACGACGCUAGCGGAGCGUAUAUUUUGUAUAUAAACAAACCUUCAAAAUAUUCAUCAUGAUGACGCUGUGGCCAAUGGUUGUAUUGACGCUGGCCAUACUGGCUGCCGUUGGACCAAUGCCCACCCAUGGAGCUGUGGCGAGUCCCCACAAGCAUGAGAAGCACACAAGCAAGGAACGUAUUAAGGAUGGUGUCUAUGUGCCGCGCGAUGCGCACCAUCAUGGCGAGCAUGGCGAGCAUAAUGUGGAGUUUGAUCAUGAGGCGAUUAUAGGCAAUACAAAAGAAGCACAGGAGUUCGACACACUAACGCCGGAAGAGUCCAAAAGACGUUUAGCCAUUCUCAUACGCAUGAUGGAUUUGAAUAAGGACGAGUAUAUCGAUCGUCACGAAUUGAAAGCAUGGAUAUUAAGGUCUUUUAAAAAACUAUCUGAGGAAGAGGCCGCAGAUCGUUUUGAGGAAAUCGAUUUGGAUGGCGAUGAUAAAAUUACUUGGAAAGAGUACUUGCUGGACACCUAUGCCAUGGAAGAUGAAGACUUCAAAAAGGAAGUAAUUGAUUUCGAUAGCUACGAAGAUGAGCAGAAUAUGAUUAAGCAGGAUAAAGAAAUGUUCAAUGCCGCCGAUGUCAACAAGGAUGGCGUACUCACAAUGGAGGAGUAUGUUUAUUUUCAAAACCCCGAAGAGCAUCCACAAAUGUUGCCCAUUUUGCUGGAGCAUACGAUGCAGGACAAGGACACCAAUCACGAUGGCAAAAUCGAUUUUCAAGAGUAUGUUGGCCAGGCGGCUGCGCAUCACGACAAGGAAUGGCUGGUGACGGAAAAGGAGCGCUUUGAUAAGGAUCACGAUAUCAACGGCGAUGGCAUGCUGACGGGCAAUGAGGUUUUGUCUUGGAUUGUGCCCAGCAAUACGGCGAUUGCCAGCGAUGAGGUCGAUCAUUUAUUUGUCUCUACGGAUGAGGAUCACGACGAUCGGUUAUCGUAUUUGGAAAUCCUCAACAACUAUGACACAUUCGUGGGCAGCGAGGCAACCGAUUAUGGUGAUCAUUUGCAAAACAUUAAUCAUCUGUCUGAUGAGCUGUAAUUCCCAUUGGACAUAUCGCGAUACAUUUGCUAGAGCAAUUGUAUUUUAUUCAUUUAGUUAGUAUAAAUGUGUUUUAUUCA